CUGUAGUUUGUGCGCGCAGGUUGCGCCGCGAUCUUUCCGGAUUACAAAUUCUCUAAAAAUCUCAUAGAGCGACAUACCCGUUGGGACUCUGUUUAACAAAAAGAAUGCUGUAGUGGUAGACCUGUAACUUCCGAUGGCUAUGUUGGCAAUACUGCUUCUGGGCUCGUGUCUGGCAGCGGCCACGCAUGGCAGAACCGUCCAGGAACUUCCUCGGUACCUCUGGAGAACAGAUAUUUGGGGUUCUUGCUACGUAGAACGGGGAUGUGGAGAAGGCCAGAGAGAGAGAAAAGUCUGGUGUCAAGACAUUCACAACAACAGAGCUGUGUCACUGUACCACUGCAAGCCUAGAGAUGAGCCUUCCAGGACUAAACCGUGCUUUGUGGCCUGUAGACAUCACAAAGAUCACCUGGAGUGGAGGGUGGCGGACUGGGGGCCUUGCCUCCCUGGAGACUCGGAGCUCUCCAAGAUGGGAGCUGGCUCCAUGGAGCGUAACGUUACCUGCGUAUUAACUUCACAUGAGGGGUUCCAGAACUCUCUGCAGAUAGACGAAGAGAACUGUCUGUUAGUGUCCACCAAGCCGGAGACUCAGAGGGACUGUACCCUGCCCACUCAGCAGGACUGUGUGCUGACGGAGUGGUCAUCCUGGACCUCCUGUUGUGACGGUACUCAGCACCGGACCAGGAGUGUGCUGGUAGCGCCGCACUACGGUGGACAGUCCUGCCCUCAGCUGAGCGAAUGGAGAUCCUGCGAGGCGGAAGACAACUCCAUCGACGGCAGCGGGGUGGAGCCCGGGUGCGCUCCUCACACGGAGGGUGUGCGACUCAGGGUGGAGCGAUGGGGAGAGUGUAGGCCUUCGCCCCACGAGGUGUGGGAUGGCGAGAACAGCGACAGAGCUGACAACUACUACAAGCACUGGCCCCAGGUCGGCACCCAGAGGAGAGAGUUCACAUGUCUGAAUGUCAACGGGACUACAGUUCCCCUCAGUAUGUGUACAAAGGAGAAAGGCGAGACGUCGCUACCACCCCGAGAGAGAGCCUGUAUCCUUGCUCAAGACUGCAGUGUCAGUGAGUGGGGAGACUGGGCCGUUGUCCAGGAGGGCUGUGUGGACGCCACUGGCAAUGUUUGGGCAGAGAUCACAGAACGAAAGCGAGAAGUUCUACGACUCCACGAAGGACAAGGCCAACCAUGUCCUCACUUGAUAGAGACUAAGUCCACCACUUCAAACCUACCUCUCUGCUCUCACAAGUACAGAUGGUUGGUGUCCAAGUGGAGCACGUGUACACUGCCCAAUGUGAUGGCAGAGGUGGUGUGUGGUGGAGGUCUACAGUUCAGGAACAUCACAUGUGUAGCAGCCCAGGGUGGCCAACCUCUCCCUACCAAGGCUUGUCAUACAAUUCCACCACCGCCAACUGUGCAGAGAUGUGAGGUAGCGUGUCCCCGAGACUGUGAGGUAGGACCCUGGGGUGUGUGGGGUCCUUGUCUACCCCAACACUGUCCUCCCUCCGAUGAAGCCAACCUAUCUGCUAAAGGUCACCGCAAGAGGACGAGAGCCGUGGUUGUGCCUCCUAGUGCUCUGGGGCUGGAGUGUCCCUCGCUUACUGAGGUACAACCUUGCGCACACCCCGCCUGCUACUCCUGGACGGUGGAUGCGUGGGGGGCCUGUCAGCUGGAGCCCGGGGCUGCGGCCAAGUGUGGCACUGGGCGACGCACUAGGCGAGUAGCCUGUACAACACACACUGAUGCUACUGAGUUUAAGGAGGUGGUUGCUGAUUGGCUGUGUCCCCAGUUGAAGCCCCCAACGGAGGAGCCGUGUCUACUGCCUUGUCCCUACGACUGUGUGGUGUCGGGUUGGUCAAACUGGAGUCCCUGCUCUCAGAGCUGCUCCACACGCAACAAACUGGCAAUGAGAUACCGCAACCGUACCAUCAUAGCCCCUCACGGACCUGGUGGUCAUCCAUGUCCCGACCCGGAUGAGAUGUUGCAGAUGGACGGUUGCAACAGUCACGGUUGCCACGGGUACAGCUGGCUGACGUUGCCGUGGCAACCGUGCAACGCCUCAUGUGACUCAGGGGAGGGAGUGCAGGUGCGGGAGGUGUGGUGUGUACAGGACAAUCAGGAUAUGGUGAACGAGAGCAAAUGUGAGCUGCUGCCCAAGCCUGCCACGUCUCGUAGCUGUGUGCAGGACUGUCCAGUACAGUGUGAGGUCUCUCCAUGGUCGGAGUGGUCACCCUGUCCACCCCAGAACUGCCAACCUAAUGGUACGAGAGCAGGACCGACCCAACAGUCGCGCUAUCGAGUGGUGGUGGAAGGCUCGGACUGUGGACCUCUGGAGGAGACCAGGGAGUGUUUCACCCCCAGUGAGCCAUGCCCUAGACACCAGUGGGGCACAGGAGAGUGGAGCCAGUGUCAGGUGGCUCAUGAUGUCCGCUGUGGCCAUGGGCUGAGGACUAGGGACUUGUGGUGCAGUGAGGAAGGCACAGAUCGCAAGGUGGAGCUCCGCUUCUGUCUCGCCACUCGGGCUCCGCUGCCUGUCACUGUGCAGCGUUGCCACAUGGACUGUCACGUACCGUGUCAGCUGACUGAGUGGUCCUCGUGGAGCCUGUGUCAGCAGCCUUGCUCCGGAAAACGCUCCCGGACCAGACAACUUAUCGGUCUGUCAGAAGCACAUGCUGUCUGUCAAGAGAUGCCUCUGGUGGAGACAAAACCUUGUCCUUGUGAGAUGUACUACUCUCGUCCCAUCUCUAAUUGGUCGAGUUGUCUGACCAAUGGCAGUGAGGGGUGUGGCCUCGGCACACGGUACCGAGCUGUCGGCUGCUACAAUGACAAGGAUCAGAUGGUGGACCCAAGCAUGUGUGGAGGAGGCUCUGGACUACAAGAGGAGCCCUGCCUGGUGCCUUGUCCUUUAGACUGCCAGUUGACUGAGUGGUCGGCCUGGGGAGACUGCAACGUCAGGUGUGGCCCCGGGCUGCAGAACCGCACAAGACAGGUGGCACAACCUGGUAAUGCAGGGGGUAGACAGUGUGGACCACAGACCCAGUGGAAGCUGUGCCAGGUGCCGUGUGAAGUGUUCCAGUGGCAGGUGGGAGGAUGGAGUGAGUGUAUCCUGAUACCUGCUGACCGCAAGCAAGGAUGCGGCACAGGAGACCAGUACCGUCAAGUCAGGUGUAUUGACACUCGGACAGACACACCUGUGGAUGACGAGUACUGUGAUUGGACAACACAGCCAGUAGACAUCAACGCUUGCCAUGUAGCAUGUCCAGGUGACUGUGUUCUCAGCGCUUGGUCGGAGUGGAGCUCAUGUCCUAAGGGUUGUGUGGGUAACGGACAGCAGCAACGGACACGCUCCCUGCUACGUGCUGCCGCCACCAGGGGAGCUACCUGUCAGCAUACAAUACAGACUCAGGCUUGCCAACUGAACAUCACCUGUUUCACCUACCAUUGGGUGGUGACCAACUUCAGCUCCUGUCUACCCCUGGGUGGCAGCCCCUGUGGUGAGGGGAUGACAACCAGAGCCAUCUACUGUCAGAGGAGUGACUCUAGGCCUGUGGAGGACAGCUGGUGCAGUGAGGAGACCAAGCCGACUCCGGCAGAGAAGUGGUGUUACGUAGACUGUCCAGUGGACUGCCACGUGGCGGAGUGGAGUGAGUGGAAUGCCACCCAGUGUCACUGCGGGGAGACAGGUGUGAGUCGUCAUGCUUUCAUCUCCACCAACCCUUCGUCGUCUGGUCGCCCUUGUCCGUCGCCCUUGGUACAGUGGAAGCCUUGCCCAGCCGUACCUUGCUACUCUUGGCAAACUGGACCCUGGUCUGAGUGUCAACUUCAUGGAGCAAUGUGCGGCCAUGGUGUGAGGAACCGUAAUGUGACGUGUGUCCGAGGAGGUGACAACAGCACUGUGGAGGCAUGGCACUGUGCUGGCUCGGCCAAUCACAAGCCAGUGUCGUGGGAGACGUGUCACAUCCCGUGUGACAGUGAUUGUCAACUCAGCGAAUGGUCACAUUGGUCACACUGUCAUGGCGACUGCCUCAAGGAUACAACAGGCUAUGCUACAAGAUCCAGAGCAGUUCUGAGGCCACCGCAGUCCAAUGGAGGGGAGCCUUGUCCCGAGGCAUUGUGGGAAACUCGAACCUGCGACCUCGGACCUUGCCUCACAUUCUCAUGGACAAUUGCUCCUAAUGGACAAAUAGUCUGCCAACGCUCCGACGGACUACAUGUUGUUGGUGGAUGUGACGGCAAGAAGAAGCCGACAUUGUGUGAAUGGAAGGGAGGCCGUUGCAACUGUAUAGACGGAGCCGUUGUCCAACCUCAGUUUGCUUGCCUAGAGCAAGCUCAAGUGCAAGCUCGCCUGUAUUACCCGAAAGACGACGACCUGAACGUGUGGAUGUUUGCAAUGAUCGGGAUUGGUUGCGUGUUCAUCGUGUUUGUGGCAGCCUCCAUCUUCUUGCUCUGUAAUACGGGGAAGCAGUCUAACGUUCGAACAAAGUAAUGGUAGACGAGGGUCGCCUAGAGCAAGACGACAUCGUCUUAGUCCUGACUAAAAGCUAAAUUACUUGAAAUGUUAACAAUUUUAAGUCAUUUUUUGUCAGUACGUACAAACUAGGUUCUAACAAAUUUUAGGAGAUCAAAUUUUAACUAAACAAUAUACAAUAUUCAUAGAAAUACAUUUACUUGAUGUUAUACUUAUGUACUCGAAACUGUUAUUCGAGAUUUUUUAUUUUCCAAAGUUAACCCUUUUAGAAGUGAAAUCCUUUUCACAAUCAGUUUUAGACUUGAAACUAAUUGUUGAAAAUAGUACAAACUAGAGUGCUUAUGACAUUUUUGGAAUGUCAAAUAAUCAUGUUGUUUCUGUUUGUGAUGGUUGAAAACAGAGUAUUUUUCAGUAGUAUCAGCUUUAAAAGCAACAAUCCUAGCAGUAUUAUAUUUUGCUCAAAGCUGAUUAAGUUUUUUUGUAAUCAAAUUAAUGAUUCUGUAAAAGAAACCCAAUUGGAAUAUGUGAAAGGGAAUUCAUUGAGCUAAUUAAUUUGAGCUAAGAUAUUAUGUUGGAGUUGGAAAAGCCUUCAAAUGUUAUUGUAGGAAACAAAUUGUUAAGUUACAGAAGAGACACUUAUUAAGUCGUUGGAAGACAAUUCCAGGAUAAGGAACAGUAGCGAUUCAUGGAUAUCAAAUUUCACAAUUCUACAGUAUUUGUCCAGUUGAGUUCUUUGAUUAUAUUUCCCUACUCUGAACAAGUCUGAAGUCAAUGUACUGUUGACCACUAACAAAUGAUUGCAGCAAAUUGAAUCCGAGCCAUUUCCGACAUUUUAGCGUUCCUUGUACGUUAGGAAAUCGUUUACGGUCAGUGUAGUUCAGUUUGUAAAUCAAUCCGAGCACAGUUAUCAGAUAGUUUUGCAGCACUUGACCUAGCUUGGCAAGGUUGUAGAAAGAUUGACUAUAUUAUGUAGCUUCUACCAUCAUAUCAAGACACCAAUUAUGUAAAAAACUGUUGCCAAUAGAGGAGUAUUUCGAGAAUAAAAAUAGGUUGUUUUAGUUUUUGAUUAAAGUAUUGAUAGAUUACAAUGUUAUCAAGUUAUUAUUCCAAGGCUGGGAAUUAUAAUGCUGUCAUUGUGGGUUUUCCAUCUCCUGGAACCUAACAGCUACCAAAGACUAAAUAGAAUUAAGAAACUUAAAAACUUGUUCCUCGAAGAACUCAGUUUUGUUGUCUGACAGCUGGAGUGUAAUAACAGUUUUUUUUUUCUUUUAUUUAAAUUUAAUUUUGAGGUUGACUAUUAUCAGAAUGUUUGUUGUUGUUGAACAAAACUACCUAGUUUUUCUAGUUGAACAUAGACCUUCUAAAGCAAGAGGAAUGAACAUGAAAUGAAAUGAAAUGAAAAUGAAAUGAAAUUAAAAAUGAAAUGAAAAACGUUUAUUUAUCCCAAGAAUAUAAACUAAAACAGAGAGCUAAACUUAACAGUAAAACAUUUCUAAAAUAAAAUAAAAUUUGCCUUACUUAUGGGAUAGGCCUUCAUGGGCAGGUGCCUGUGCUCAAACAACUAUUCUAUAACUAAUUAUAGAAAUUAGCUAAUUAGAAAUUAACUAAUUAGCCUGGCUGUUAUCAGUCUAAGCAAAUUGAGGGCACACACUAAAAUUGGGAAGGUUUUUAAGCCUUGUUAAUUUAACUUGAUCGUUUAGCGGAUAAGAGAAUGUCGGCGACGACAACCAAAGCCAGUGCAAUCUAAGACAGGAGACAUUGUGAGGGCGAGGGGGUCGAAGGGUCAAGGAUUGUUUAGUCAGGGUCAAGUAAGGUUAGGUCUGAUCAAAGUUUCGGCCUCUUCAUUGGUAAUCGUGUGCAGUAAAACAAGCAUCUGUUUUUUUAAAUUUCUAUAUUGAGGGUAAACUAAAAAUGUGUUGAAUAUUAUAUUUUUGAAUUAGAUUUCGAUGUAGAAUCUGAGCAACAUAAAAACAGUUGGUAGUUAGAACUGACUUAUGUAGCUGAGGGACAGAUAUUCCAACAUUGUGUGAAUAUCUUGUGUAGUGUUGAUGUGUGACUGCUGUAAGGAUCGUGUUUGAGUUUUUGAAUGUGUGACUAAGAAGAAACUGAAUGAAAAUAUGUCUGACUGGUAAUACUCCCGUCUCACGGAAUAGCUCAUCAGUGGAGUACCUUUUAUUUUUUCUAAAAGCUACUUUCAAAAUUGAUCUUUGGACCACAUUCAAGGGUUCCAAGGUGGUGUGAUAGCAUGCUCCCCAGCAGAUAAUAACAAAUGAAAUCAAGUAUUGUACAUAAGCGAAAUAGCGAAAUAAGCUCUCUUUACGUCCUCCUCGUCCAAAAUGACACUCUGAUAAAUGUCUGUCAGAUAAAUAGUUUUUGAACCAGGCGAGAGCAGUGCCUCUGACACCGAUCUGUUCCAAUUUUGUUAUCAACAAGUUUCUGUUAAUUGAGUCGAAUGCUUUUUUAAAUCUAAGAAAAUUAACAUAGAACGAUUGUUAUUUGCCAUUGAGUUAUUUAUAGAUUUACAUACUUCAAAAAGUGCAUCAGAGAUGUUUUUAUCUUUUCUAAACCCAAAUUGUGAAUUAGAUAAUAUAUUGUUAUUAUGAAGGUACUCCACCAACUGCUCCUUGACAAUACGCUCUAAAACCUUGGAAAACACGCUUAACAAUGAGAUUGGUCUAAAGUUGUUACAGUCUUUUGGAUAACCUGUUUUAAAUAAAGGAAUUACCUUUGCAGUUUUGAAUUGAGCCGGGAAUAUACCAGUCAGUAGAGAUAGAUUAACUAUGUGUAGCAGCGGAAUGUAAAUUAUGAGUGCGUUUUGUUUAAGUAAAUCAGCCGAAACUUCGUCCAGACCCGGAGCUGAGCAACCGUGCAGCUCGGAGAUGUGUUGUAGUACGUCUUCAGAAACAGUUUGCAAUGUGAAAGUAGAGUCCAGUCUGUAGUCAGAGUCAACAACCACUGGGGUCCCACCCGCAUCUAUCUGCUUAGAUAGAUUUACUCCAACAGAAGCAAAGAAGUUAUUAAAAUCAUCUGCUAUCUCGUGUUUUGCGGCUUGAGUAUCAUGAGACAUGCUGGGAAUAAAUUUAUCAAUUGGAAAUGAAUUUUUAUUACGUGGCCUGCCAGCAAGAUCAUUGAUCAGUCCCCAAAACAAUUUUGGAUUCCUAUUGUUCUGGUACAAUCUUUCCCUGUAAAAAUCUCGUUUGGCUCUUUUUAAUAGAUUGCAUAGGUCAUACAUACCUGAAUGUUCACUAAUUUUCAAUCUUAUAAAAUGUAUACCGGUAAUCACUUUUAGUGUUAUAACCAAAGAGUGAAAGAUAUACCUUAAAAUGAGAAAGAAAUAUUUUAGUUGACAUCAGUGAAUCCAAAACGCAACUUAUAUGAAUUACACAUUAAAAUUUCAGGACAGAAUGAGAAGUUCAAAGUAUAUCAUUUGAACUAACCUUGCUUAGAUCUUUAUUCAGGUUCUACAACUGUUUUGUAAAUGGUGUAUCCGUUGAUAUGAAUAAAUAAAUAAAUAAGAUUUAUAAAAGUUACAAUAUAAGUAGACUCAACUAAUGAAAUACAAUAGUCUAUUGGCAAAAGUUCCUUGAAUAACAAGAAGGAUUCUGCAUAUCCACAUUUAAUGUUUCUGUGUGAGCAUUUACUUUUCACAGAUCAUUCCAGUGUUGUUUUAAUGUUGUAUAAAAUGUCAUAGUUCUCUUACCUAGCAAUUAUUUCUAUAUCGCAAAAUCAGUUUUCUUCUACUGUAGUCUAUUUAAACCCUCGUGUGUGUAAUUAGACAUCUAUGUUUUAUACACUAGAUAUUUUAUAUCACAUAGAUGUUUUUGUACUGAAAGGUUUUAAGAGACGUCUACUAUAAGUUAUAGAUUGAUCGACAACAAACAGACAUUUGUAGCAGAUUGUUGUUUUUGAAUUUUUAAGAAGUACCUGAUUGAUGAGUAAACUGUUUUAUGCAGAUGUUUGCACAAUUUUAUCGUUUAUCACAAUGUCAACAUAAACACAAACUAUCAGGCUCUGUUAUCAUGGGAUAUUCUUUUAAAAAUUGAACAGAAAAUUGUUUUUUGUUGUCAAACGUAAAUGUUUAAGAAGAGUGGGUAAGUAACAUCAGUCCCUAGCCCAACAAAAUUACAAGUUUAAUUUUGAAUAUUUAAUCAAUUCUGAUACUUUCUCCAGAAUGGAUACUAAAAACGUUGACUCAAUAAUUAAAAGUUAAAGUUUAAAAGACGGUACUUUGUUUUGAGCAAGAUACAAAGAGAAGUUAAAACCACGGACCAAGCACUGUCUUAUAAAGACGUAAUUUGUUACUUAAAUUAAAUAUUAAUAUCUGAAAUAAUGUGUACAUACUUUUAAGUAGCUUUUAUUAAAACUUAUGCUGGAACUAGUACGUAAGGAAUGUUUUUGUUCAAUGAAAAUUGUCAGUUAAGAAUACUGAAGAUGGUUAUGUAGGUACUCUAAGCAUGGCGAAAAAAUAUUUUAACCUGUACCUAUCUAUUUAGUAUUUUAGUAACUUAAAGGAUGCAGUUGUUUUCAAAAAUAGCUAAAUAAUUAGCUCAUAACUGUACUGCUCGUAUAUUGACUUCUAAAAAUCUAAACUCAAGUGUGAAUAUUAUCUGUUUGUUGUUGAUGCUUGAUAAUUGAGAACCACACCUGUAAAACCCACAAGACAACCGUGUUAGCUGUAACAGGUUAUUUAAGCUUUUCCUCGUCUAUCCUUUGAGGGGAUUCUGAGUCUGAUUUCUGCGGUUGUGAUACGUUUUUGCUUCUUCUUUUAGUGUAAGAACAUCGAAUGUUACCACGGACAAUAUAAUUGUGGCAAGUGUUUGUUUCUGUUUUCCGUUAACAAUAUAGUGAGUGUUUAUUGUUAUGUUUGUUACUUGUUAGAUGUUUUAUGUAUCAUUUGGCUUAUCACAGAAAAAAAUGUUCAAGUAACAAUGGUAAAGCUUUUAUUAGAUGCUUACACAUUUUGUUGGAUGUAUAAUUUUUACCUAUGUGGUAUGGUCAAGUAUAUUCUAAUUUAGAUUUACAAAUACCCUUGGCGGUCUCAAACUAUGUUUUCAAACAUCUUCAAAGUCCAAGGAAAACAUUUUAUCAUCAAAAAGCUUUAUUGACAAUUUCAACAAUCAACUAAAUGGAUUCAAGACUCUGACAUGUACAACGGCAAAUUAAAUAUUGAUCUUAUAGAGUUCUAUCAACAGAAAUUUACAUUACCACAUUCAAGAGCAGAAAACAACAUUAACGUUCUGUUGUAAUAUUUUCAAAAUACAUUGACUACGUAUGUUGACUAUUGUUACUUGAAAAUACCGUAGGAUCAUACCACUUUACUCAUUACUUGUCCACAAGCCUGUAAACCCAAGGUUGUCUCUCGUUCAUCUUGCGAGGUGCUCUGAUAAGGUUGUGUAUCGUAGACUAGUUGUUGGACCUAUUCUAGAUUUUAUAUUGAUAUUACAUGUACAUAGUUCGAUAUUUGUUCGGUCGGCUUUUGUUCCUGACGCACAUGUUAAUCUAUUUUGACUAGCACUGUGGCAUUCCCUACAGUUUCUUUAGGUUUUUGCUGGAUCUAAAUGUGUACAUCGAACUUGUAUUGUCUACCUAAGGUUCAGUAAUACUUGGAAUAAUUCCUACGUCUAGUUUUAGUUGAUGGUUCGAAAGGGGGAAAACAAAAUUUUUCAUCAGUCGGGGGAAAAUUAAUAAAAAGUAAUUUAUAAAAAGUUCAUUGUAUCUAUGUAUAUUUAAAAUAAUCUAUACAAAAUCCAUCACAGUUAAAACUGGAGAUUGGGUUUCUGUAGUUAUACACAAACUGGAUUCGUACAUCUACAUAUCUGGCCUAUAUAUUUUGAGUAGACACUAGACAAUAUUGUAUGUGUAUAAGCUUGUAUAUAAAUGUUGUAUACAAUAAGCUAUAUUAUAAAAUAGUGGGAAACUGUCCAUUUACCUUACUUUUUGUAUGUUUAUUGUCGUGUAUGUUAUAUAAAUAUAAAAUGAGUAUAAUAAAA